AUGUAUCAUUCGUUGCAGUUUGGGACUGAGAAGAUGAAGAUGAUUUCUGCAGUUUCUGACUUGGACACAGGGCCAUUCACCACUGCCAACAGAGAGUAUGAAGCCCGCUUGGAAAGGUACAGUGAACGCAUUUGGACGUGUAAGAGUACUGGAAGUAGUCAGCUAACGCACAAGGAAGCCUGGGAGGAAGAACAGGAAGUUGCUGAACUUUUGAAGGAGGAGUUCCCUGCUUGGUAUGAGAAACUUGUCCUGGAAAUGGUUCACCAUAACACAGCAUCACUAGAGAAGUUAGUAGAUACGGCCUGGUUGGAAAUCAUGACCAAAUAUGCUGUGGGGGAAGAGUGUGAUUUUGAGGUUGGAAAAGAAAAAAUGCUGAAGGUGAAGAUAGUGAAGAUUCAUCCUUUGGAGAAAGUAGAUGAAGAGGCCACUGAGAAGAAAUCUGAUGGUGCCUGUGAUUCUCCAUCCAGUGACAAGGAGAAUUCCAGUCAGAUGGCUCAGGACCAUCAGAAGAAGGAGGCAGUAGUAAAAGAAGAUGAAGGAAGGAGAGAGAUUAUUAAUGACCGAGCACGUAGAUCACCACGAAAACUUCCUACUUCAUUAAAAAAAGGAGAAAGGAAAUGGGCACCUCCAAAAUUUCUGCCACACAAAUACGAUGUGAAACUACAAAAUGAAGACAAGAUCAUCAGCAAUGUGCCAGCAGACAGCUUGAUUCGUACAGAGCGCCCACCAAAUAAGGAGAUACUGCGGUAUUUUAUACGGCACAACGCCUUACGUGCUGGUGCUGGUGAGAAUGCACCUUGGGUUGUGGAAGAUGAGUUGGUAAAGAAGUAUUCCCUGCCUAGCAAAUUCAGUGAUUUUUUACUGGAUCCAUAUAAGUACAUGACUCUGAACCCUUCCACUAAGAGGAAGAAUACUGGAUCUCCAGACAGGAAACCCUCAAAGAAAUCUAAGACAGACAAUUCUUCUCUGAGUUCACCACUAAAUCCCAAGUUAUGGUGUCAUGUACACUUGAAGAAAUCUUUGAAUGGUUCACCACUCAAAAUGAAGAACUCAAAGAAUUCCAAGUCUCCAGAAGAACAUCUGGAAGAAGUGAUGAAGAUGAUGUCCCCCAAUAAGCUCCACGCUAACUUUCACAUUCCUAAGAAAGGCCCAGCUGCCAAGAAGGCAGGAAAGCACAGUGACAAACCUUUGAAGGCAAAGGGCAGAAGCAAAGGCAUCCUGAAUGGACAGAAAUCCACAGGGAAUUCUAAAUCUCCCAAAAAGGGUUUAAAGACUCCUAAGACCAAAAUGAAGCAGAUGACUUUGUUGGAUAUGGCCAAAGGCACUCAAAAAAUGACACGAGCCCCACGGAAUUCUGGGGGUACACCUCGGUCCUCUAAUAAACCUCAUAAGCACCUGCCUCCUGCUGCCCUACACCUGAUUGCCUAUUACAAAGAAAACAAAGACAGAGAAGACAAGAAGAGUGCCCUCUCCUGUGUUAUCUCUAAAACAGCUCGCCUUCUCUCCAGUGAAGAUCGAGCUCGUCUCCCAGAGGAAUUGCGAACUAUUGUUCAGAAACGCUAUGAGCUGCUAGAGCAUAGAAAGAGGUGGGCCUCUAUGUCUGAAGAGCAGCGGAAAGAAUAUUUGAAAAAGAAACGACAAGAGCUGAAAGAAAAGUUAAAGGAAAAAGCCAAAGAACGGAGGCAGAAAGAAAUGCUUGAGAAAUUAGAAAAACAGAAGCGGUAUGAGGACCAAGAGUUAGCGGGCAGAAACCUUCCAGCGUUUCGAUUGGUGGAUACCCCUGAAGGGCUUCCCAAUACCCUCUUUGGGGAUGUGGCCCUGGUGGUGGAGUUCUUGAGCUGUUAUUCCGGGCUUCUCUUACCCGAUGCUCAGUAUCCCAUUACUGCUGUGUCCCUCAUGGAAGCCUUGAGUGCAGAUAAGGGUGGUUUUUUGUACCUGAACAGAGUGUUGGUCAUCUUACUACAGACCUUACUACAAGAUGAAAUAGCAGAAGACUAUGGUGAAUUGGGGAUGAAGCUGUCAGAAAUCCCGCUCACUCUACAUUCUGUUUCAGAGCUUGUGCGACUCUGCUUGCGCAGAUCUGAUGCUCAGGAGGAAAAUGAGAGUUCAGACACAGAUGACAAUAAAGAUUCAGCACCCUUCGAGGACAAUGAGGUGCAAGAUGAGUUCUUAGAGAAGCUGGAGACCUCUGAAUUUUUUGAGCUAACAUCAGAGGAGAAACUGCGAAUCUUGACAGCGCUUUGCCACCGGAUCCUCAUGACGUACUCAGUACAAGAUCACAUGGAGACCAGACAGCAGAUGUCUGCAGAAUUGUGGAAGGAGCGGCUUGCUGUGUUAAAGGAGGAAAAUGACAAGAAGAGAGCAGAGAAACAGAAACGGAAAGAAAUGGAAGCCAGAAAUAAAGAAAAUGGCAGAGAGGAAAAUGGGUUAGGUAAAACUGAUAGGAAAAAAGAAAUUGUGAAGUUUGAGCCCCAAGUAGAUAUGGAAGCUGAAGACAUGAUUAGUGCUGUGAAGAGCAGAAGACUGCUUGCUCUGCAGGCUAAGAGGAAACGGGAAAUCCAGGAAAGAGAAAUGAAAGUGAAACUAGAACGGGAAGCUGAAGAAGAGCGAAUUCGGAAGCACAAAGCGGCCGCUGAGAAGGCUUUCCAGGAAGGAAUUGCUAGGGCAAAACUAGUCAUGCGUAGGACUCCCAUUGGUACUGAUCGAAACCAUAACAGAUACUGGCUCUUCUCAGAUGAAGUUCCAGGAUUAUUCAUUGAGAAAGGCUGGGCACAUGACAGCAUUGACUACCGAUUCAAUCAUCACCGCAAAGACCAUGCAGACUCUUUCGGUGAGGGUUACUGUCCCCGCAGUAAGAAAGCAAACUUAGGCAAAAAUGCAAGUAUGAACACACAUCGAUCAACACUAGAAAUUGCUGUGGAGACCACUAUACCCAAACAAGGACAGAACCUAUGGUUUUUAUGUGAUAGUCAGAAGGAGCUAGAUGAGUUGCUGAACUGUCUUCAUCCUCAGGGAAUAAGAGAAAGUCAACUUAAAGAGAGACUAGAGAAGAGGUACCAAGACGUUAUUCACUCUAUUCAUCUGGCUCGGAAGCCAAAUUUAGGUCUGAAAUCCUGUGAUGGCAACCAGGAGCUCUUAAAUUUCCUGAGGAGUGAUCUCAUUGAAGUUGCAACAAGGUUGCAGAAAGGAGGACUUGGAUAUGUGGAAGAAACUUCAGAAUUUGAAGCUCGGGUCAUUUCACUGGAGAAACUCAAGGAUUUUGGUGAGUGUGUUAUUGCUCUUCAGGCCAGUGUCAUCAAAAAAUUUCUUCAAGGCUUCAUGGCUCCCAAGCAAAAGAGAAGAAAAGUCCAAAGUGAAGAUUCAUUAAAAACUGAGGAAGUAGACGAAGAGAAAAAAGUGGCAGAAGAAGAAAAGGUUGCAUCUGCCCUGGAAAAGUGGAAGACAGCAAUCCGUGAAGCUCAAACUUUUUCCAGAAUGCAUGUUCUACUUGGGAUGCUUGAUGCCUGUAUCAAGUGGGAUAUGUCUGCAGAAAAUGCCAGAUGCAAAGUUUGUCGAAAGAAAGGUGAGGAUGACAAACUGAUCUUGUGUGAUGAGUGUAAUAAAGCCUUCCACCUGUUUUGUCUGAGGCCGGCCCUCUAUGAAGUACCAGAUGGCGAGUGGCAGUGCCCAGCUUGCCAGCCUGCUACUGCCAGGCGCAAUUCCCGUGGCAGGAAUUACACUGAAGAGUCUGACUCUGAGGACAGUGAAGAUGAUGAGAGUGAUUCAGGGGAAGAGGAGGAAGAAGAGGAGGAAGAGGAAGAUUAUGAAGUGGCUGGUUUGCGCUUGAGACCUCGAAAGAUCAUCCAGGGCAAGCAGAUUGUCAUCCUCCCUGCAUCCAGGCCAGGCCGACGGCCAGGGAAGAAGCCACAUCCUACCCAGAGGUCACGGCAGAAGGCCCCCCCUGUGGAUGACGCUGAAGUGGACGAGCUGGUGCUUCAAACCAAGCGCAGCUCCCGGAGGCAAAGCCUGGAGCUGCAGAAGUGUGAGGAGAUCCUCCACAAGAUUGUGAAGUACCGCUUCAGUUGGCCCUUCAGGGAGCCCGUGACCAGAGAUGAGGCCGAGGACUACUAUGAUGUGAUCACACACCCUAUGGACUUUCAGACAAUGCAGAACAAGUGCUCCUGUGGGAACUACCACUCAGUGCAGGAGUUUCUCACCGACAUGAAGCAAGUGUUUACCAAUGCCGAGCUUUACAACUGCCGCGGCAGCCACGUUCUGAACUGCACAGUGAAGACAGAACAGUGUCUGGUGGCUCUGCUGCAUAAACACCUUCCUGGGCAUCAGUAUGUCCGCAGGAAACGCAAGAAGUUUCUUGAUCGGCUUGCUGAUGAUGAAGGGGACAGUGAUCCAGAACCCGUUGGACAGACCAGGGGACGAAGACAGAAGAAAUAGAGGCGGGGCUGUGGUAAGGGAGGUGGGAGACAGCCGGUGGGGUAAGAGAGGAAGCUGAAGAAGAACUCAAAAGGGAAGCAGUCGUGGAGUCCAGAAAUGUCUGUCACUCCAGGCCUGGGCUGUUUUUCUCCAACUCCCCACAGGGCCUUGUUCAAGCAGAGCUCUUGGGGUGGCUGAUCUUGGGCUGAUAGUCUCUGCCAAGAAAUACUAGGGGCAGAAGAGGGCCUUACCCCUGCUUUCUGGAAGUUUCCAGGAGGAGGCCAGGGGCAAUUCUUCCUGGGAACCCAGUUCUUUUUCCUUUUCUCCUUCCUAAGGUUUCUCCCACGUUGGCUCCCACAGCAGUGCCAAGCCCCUCUGGCCUCCAGGGAAGGGUGACUGUGUUACAUAGCAGGAUCAAGAGGAGCCAGGCCUUUGGGGAGGUGGUGUUGAUUUUCUUUUUAAUCUAUAUUUAUACACAAUCUUGUUUCUUUAAGCCCAUACUGUCUCUUCCACCUUCUCCCUCUCAGGUGACAGUAUCAGUGAGUGCCAUGCAGAGCUCUGUUCACCAGCAUCAUGGGACAGUUGUGGUUUUGAGCUUGGCAGAGUAAAGGGACAUUCCCUGGAGCCAUUCCUGAGUACCCCUCCCCCCCUCCUCCCACCUCACCUCAUCACCUCAGAAAACAAAAAACUACGGCACUUCACUCAAGACUGGUGUCCUGCUUGUAAUCAUGCUUAUAACCUUUACUUUGUGGAUCUGGCCAGAGGGUGUUGGAGCCCAGCCCACCCACAUACCAGACAAGCUCUUAGCAGAAGAAGAGCAGGAAGACUGUAAUGUUUAAUUUUUUUAAAUUGACUUUUCUAGUUAUUAAAAGUUGCUUGUUUUAGCAGUGAUAUUGUAUAAAGAACAUCUUGUAAAAUAUUUGUCAUCUUGCUUUGGCACAUGUACAGUACGAUUUCUAUGAUGACGUGUUGCUUUACACCCCGUCCUCCCUCCGCCAGCCGCGCGCCUUCAGAGAAGUUGGGCCAGAGGUCCGCACAGACAGGCAGUGGGAUCUGGUGGUGCUCUGGGCCCUCUGCCUACUGUGGUGGCUCUUUCUGCCUCCUUGUCCGCCUCCCGAGUCCCUACUCUGCCUCAGACUGGAGCUCCUGUGACCGGUGCAUCUCAGCAAGUGGAGAGGGGUAGCAGGAACCUCUGUGAGAGCCCUCCCCGCAGCCAGGCUAGCCUAGUUACAUUUAGGCAAAAGUUUGUAGUCUUCUUUCCCUUUUAUGACAGAUUUUUGAUAAAAGUAUAAGACAGGGUUUAAUUUUCUUUUCUAUCGACUUUGAAUUUGGAAAAUGUGAGCACCUCAGCUCUUUAGAUCACCUGGGGGUUGCCACUCCUCGGACUGAGAUAAUAAAACCUCUUGACCUGACACUUCAGGUGUGAUCCUGUCUCCCUCUUUCCCUGCCCAGGGACUUGGGAAUUUGCUCCCGUGGCUUGUGGGUUGGUUACCAUCCCUUCUCUUGCAGGCUUGGAGUGAGCACUGACCUUACAGUGUCAUAAUCCCAGCCACCACUGCCUUCCCCUGCUUCUUAUCCUAGGUCCAGUCUGUCCUUGUUCUAGUGAGAAUCCCGUGUUCCCACUGCAGUGACACCUGCAUUGUUGGUUGGUUUUUAAAUUGUCUUUAAGGAGGAAGGGCCCCAUUAAAGGGUGAACUUAUAAUAAAUUGGGAUUUCAAAUAAACAUUAUGUACCUGUGUUUAUAAAGAAG